AACCAGCACUCACACCAGUCAUGAUGCAGCAGACGUCCUCACAACCAGCACUCACACCAGUCAUGAUGCAGCAGACGUCCUUACAACCAGCACUCACACCAAGACUCUCUCUCCUGCAUGGACAAAGAGACAAGAGAGCACCAACUUGCAGCUUACCCUGCUGCUGCUCUGCCUCUCUAUGCUCUUAGAAAGGCUCUCAGCUGCAGAACAGGAGACCAAGGCCGCUUCCUCAACUACGGCCUCAACUUUACACCUGUCUACAGCUUUCAGUACAACGGUAGAUUGGUCAACAGAAGUCCCGAAGAUGCCGGUCAUCUAUCCACAGCCAGAAGUUGUGCCUAUCCCUCGCUGCAGCUCCACUGUUUCCCGUAACUGUUUCUUGGCUGGUACUCGACCCAUGGGGUGGAAGGCAGCUCACUCCUUCUGUCGCAGCCGCGGAGGGUUCCUUGCGGGGAAGGAUGAGUUGCAGCAACUGCAGGAGGUCUGGCCACCUUGGAACGUGACCUGGCUCCAGAGGAAUUUGACCUGGCCCAUAGGAAUCUUGGCCUGGCCAGUGCGAAACCUCAGCUUCCACGAGCUGACCUGGACGGCACUAACGAGGACCCACGGACAAUACCAGUGGAUGUCUGUUCACCCGGCCAUGGGGGACUUCGUACCCUGGUCGGAGAUACCUUACGCUUGGAGCGAGGAGUGUGCUGCGCUACACCUCUUCAGCCAGACCUUCUUCCUCAGUCCCUGUCACCAGACACUUUACUUCUACUGCAUCUUGCGUCCUGCUACACCAGAAGUGAACUUGACGGGCGUGGAGCUUCGUGUGAUGGCCAACAUGAAGAUAGAGGAUGGUUUAGUAAGAGUGAGCGAGAAUAAGUUCCCCUAUCUCUCUCUGACCUGCACGGCUCACCACACCUUGACGGGAGAACCUCUCCAGGACCAACCCCAGGCGUUCUGGAACAAGGAUGGAGUGUACGUCAGUUCGGUGACUUCUGUACAGUUACCUGUACUGAUGCACGACUCUACCAAGUCUUGGACGGAGGAACACUCUCACAUGGUGCUGAAGCAAGGCACCUUCUGGUGUGAGGCGUGGAUGUCCAAGUCAGAGGCCAGACUGAUCAGCAACCAGGUGUUGGUGACACUGGAUGGGUGGCUGGUGCUUGUUCUGGAUGCUCACCGCCACCUCCCUCCUUAUCCCACUAGGGACGAUGCUGUCCGCCAUAUUCAACACACUUUCACUGCUCACUUUCCUGACUUCAACAAUUACACGGUUGAUCUUACUUCUACAGUGAUGGAGUCGAGUGGAUCUGAAGACGCAUUUGUCAAAUAUCGUUUCCAAGUACACAUUCCUAGCGUCGGGGACCACUUCAAAAGGGUGCAGAAAUUAUUUGAUAAUGAUACUCAAGUUUAUAAAGAUCUCUUUAAGAGUAAUGGUUACCUCAAAACAUCCUCGGCUGCACUCUCAUCCUACUGCUUGAAACGAAGAGUUAACUAUGAAAACGGCAAUCAGAUCUUGUGGCCGUUCACUGCGAUAGGGAAAGUAAAUCCUCUUAAUUAUCGUUGUGAAAUAUCUGGUAACAGGUUACAACCAGGUCACUGUCGUUGGAACUACACACACGGAGCUACAAUAGAUUUCGAUCCCUUCAGAUGCAAGAGGUUCGAGUAUUGUCCCCGUCACUACACCGGCGUCGCUGACCGUAUUUGUCUCUCUUACACCUCUCCAGACACUUGGGAAACUGGAUUUAAGGCUAUAUAUAAAAAUAAAUUACAGAGAGGCAUUCUCGAUUCCUUCGAAUUCCAUCGAGCGGAACGAGGGGAGUCUUCAGUUUACGAAAUAGUGAAGCAGCUCCUGAAGACGAUGGGAUAUAACCGAGUGUGGCUGCCGGUUAGGAGAAUUGUGUCCUGGGCUCCUCUUACUUACAUGGGCCCUGGAAUUUCAGACUUCCCGUAUUCACACUACGAGGGGUCGCACCUUGUAAAUAUAUCGUGGGCUCCACAUCAUCCUCUCCCUAGAGAAGACUGUUUAGCCCUAGACAUGGAGAGGAAUGAGAUUUUUACUCACUCUUGUGAUAUAGCUCUUCCGUUUGUUGCUCUCCUAGACGUGUAUAGACUAAAGAAUAUAAGAGACUCGAAUUUAGAAUUAAAUGUACUCAAAUUAAUUACUGAUACUCCAGCUUGUAAUCAUGGCUGGCAUUCUACUGUACUUCAAAGUAAUCCAGAUGUAUGCUUUAAAAUGUUCAUGAAUGUUGGAAACCUCACGUGGCAUGAAGCUAAUAAGUUUUGCCAGGAAAGGGAUGCUCAGUUGGCCUCCCCCAGUGUUGGAUUUUUAGACUGGGUGUUUAGACAGUAUUUAUACAACAACAGUGUGGAUGCUGUGUGGAUGAAUGCAGAGUUAGUAUCACCUGGUAGCCCAGGCGAGACAGAUUCACCGGCAGAUAUGAUAAACUGGAAGGCCAAUACAGAUUAUAAUCUACCGUACUCUGUGUUCAGCACUGACGGCUGGUACAAAAAAGGGGAAAGUGUAGUCUUAUCAAAUGUCUUGUGCCAGAAGGAGCCCCAGUUAGUCUUACCAACACAAGUUAAGGUCUAUAAGAUGAAUGAUUCAUCCUUAACUGUGUGUGUGUAUGUCAGUGACGAAGAUAAGGUGGAUAAUCUGAAGUGCUUUGUGAACGGUAAAGUAACCAAGCUUAGACAAGUAAGUGAUUUGGAGUGUGUAAAUGUUAUAGAUAGUUUGAGUCAAGGCUAUUAUCAGUGUCAUGCGUGGAUGUGGAGCCCCUUUCAGUUUGUGCAGUCUAACAUCCUAAUCAAUAGAGGAUUCAGAACUUUGACGUUCGCCGUGAAACUCUCUCGGGUAAUUGACUACACACCCAGACUACAUGAUGCUACAUUCAUUCCUAUCGCCCACCAAGAGCUGAAUUCAAUUCGAUGUGUGUCUGCCUUUAUGACAAAAAUUGAAAAAGAAUUUAAAAAGCAGGGACUUUUUUAUGUGGAAAUAAAAGCUGAUAAUUUUUUUCACAUGCCAAAUGAAUCAGCGCAAGGUCUAUAUUACAACUUUCAUGUGGAAUUUAAAUUAAUUGAUGAUGCACUUCCAAUGAUAACAGAGUGGGACACGUUUGAAACCUUAGCAGAAAUAUUUGAGACUGAGGGAAAUUUCUCCGGGUGUAUCUUAAACAACAUAACAAGUACUCACGGAUGCGUCAGCGAUGUUACUCUAGAUUAUGGGAUCACUGAGAAAAAUCUCACUUGGCCGAAAACAGAGGGUAGCGUCGUAGUGCUGCCUAAGGAGUUGUGUGUCAACCCAAAGGGAGAACCUAUCACUCGCGAGUGUGUGGGAGACUUCCUGGUUGGCUACUACUGGGAAAGACCCUCUGAAGCCUGCACUGGCCACCCCUCUAAUAUCACCAAGCAGCUGUGGGAAAUUACUUCGACCAAUUCAUCUUCUAGCCCGAGUAUAACUACUCUCUCCACUCUAACUGCCAAUGGAAGUUCACUUAAACCGAUUGAUAUACAUUUUGUUGCUACCAAGUUUCAGUCUUUAUCAAAUGAAAAGACGCUCCUUGAACAUGAUUUGGAAGAAAUUGUAGAAACACUUAAUAACGUCAUGAAAGCCGAUGCUGAGGCAUUUGAGAAUGUUCAGAGAAAAUUAAACUCCUCAAGUAUUCUCUUUGAAGCUUUUGAGAACAUUACCUUUAAAGUGAAGCUUCCUGAAAAUGAAGGCGACCAAAAGUUGAAAGCCUUCAGGGAACUAGUAUCUGUCGAACGUAUAGAUUUAGAAAUAAAUUCCACCGUCAUUGGUUACAAGGCCAAGGUAGGAGGGCACGAGGAAGAAACGGUAAACAUCGAUACCAAAAUGAACCUGCAGGAUAGUGACGUCGCCAUUAUCUUCCCUCCCAACCUCACUUGGAUUGUUGCUUCAGACUCUGGAAGACUCGCUAAAAUACAGAUUAACAAGAAGCAGAAGAUCCAGUUAACUUUUGCAGUUUACAGAAAUCCAAAGUUAUUUCAAGACCGCGAAUCCUUUCCUAAUUAUUCAGUCAACAGUCAUAUUAUUCAAGCCACAUACGGCGGUAAAAUUAUAAAUAAUCUCAAAGAACCAAUUAAACUAAUCUUCAGACCUUCCAGACAAGGAAACGACACUAAAUGUGUGUACUGGGAUUUUAAAAAGAAUGCAGGAAGAGGUGGCUGGUCAAGCGAGGGAUGCUGGAUGGACGAGCCAGAAGGUAACCUCACUGUUUGUUAUUGCAACCACUUAACUUGUUUUGCUCAACUUAUGAACUACAGUGAUGAUGUAUUUGAAGGUAUUCAUGCUCUUGUUCUAGACAUUAUAACCAUAAUCGGGUGUUGCUUAUCGAUUGUUAGCCUCUUACUAGUGUUCAUUACAUUCUUCUUAUUUAAGAAAUGGAGACGCCCUUUAAGCAACAAGAUUCUGGUCAACUUGUCUUUCUCUGUUUUUUGUAGCAUAGUGAUUUUCUUAGCAGGUAUUGAUCAAACCUGGAAUGUGAUCUUGUGUCGUAGUGUUGCUGUUGCUCUUCACUACUUUAUCCUGGCAUCUUUUGGUUGGAUGCUGGUAGAGGCGGUGCACCAGUAUCUUAAGUUUGUCAAGGUGGUAGGCACUUACAUCCCCAGGUUCAUGUGGAAAGCGUCAGUGACUGCUUGGGGCGUGCCUGUGCUGCCAAUUAUCGUCGUUCUUGUAUUCGACAGUACAUUGUAUGACAGUGGAAAUGACUACAAUCCUGAUACUAAAAUCUGCUGGAUGUCCAGUGAGGGUUUCAAGUAUGCUUUCUUACCCCCAUUGGCACUGACUAUGAGCGUCAACUUAAUCAUGUUCUGUCUCAUUAUCUAUGGCGCCACCUGUGGUCGGGUUCGCGUGACCUCAACUAUGUCAGACAAAAAUCUUUUCUUAAGCCAGCUGAGGAUGGCAAUAUGCGUAUUUUUUCUCCUUGGUUUCACUUGGAUUUUUGGAAUCCUGGCCAUUUGGAAAGGACGCUUGCUAUUCUCUUACCUCUUCUGCAUUUUCAACACUCUUCAAGGAUUCUUCAUUUUUAUGUUUCAUGUCUUUCGGGAACGCAGCGCCAGACGACUCUGGAGAGAAUUUCUUUCUGUUAUUACAAAGAAUAUGACAUCCUCAGAACAAGCAAAUUCUCAGAAUAUAAAUAAUUCUAUGCAAUAUAAAGGCAACUUAAACAGCGUUACCUAUAACCAGGGAGGAGAGAUCAGUAUUCACCCUCGCAGAUCUCCCCUUCCGAGGGUCAAAGGAAGUGUGCGAUCCACUGGUACUACAUCCACUCUUUUACAGUCUCUGGGUAGUAUUAAACCCUGAACAUAUUUACUCUUCUUUUUCCUGACUUGGCCUCAUGCCUACAACUUUUUGUUCCCGCACAGCACUUUCUUAUACAUCACUGCUGAGAAGCAUCCUUCCGUUCCAAAGCACUUUUACCUAUGACUGCGAAGCACUUGAUGUGUGCAAAUGAGAUUAGUUUGUGCAGUCACUUGCUCCACUAGUUAUUCUCGUGUAGAUAUGAACUUUCUUCGUCUUGUAAAGCCACUACAUUAACAGACAGGCUGCGGCCUAGUUUUUUAAGUUUCUCAUUUCAAGUAAAAUAUGUGUAGUAAUUCAGUAGAUAAAAAGACACAUAAAAAGCCUAAGGACUUUAGUAUAACGACUUUUCUAUCGAUAAAGUUUUAAUCUAAUUUAUGUUUUUUUUUUUUUUUAAUCCGCUCGUCCUCGUAAGCAAUGUCAGAUUUUUUUUAACCGUAGAUGUCCAUUGUGUGACUCUGAGACUGAAAAUAACCUCAUCAUUUGAAGGUGUAUGUUAUACCCCGCUCAAUGGGUACCAUUUUCACUUCAUGCUUCAAACAUUUUUAUUGUCUUUAUGCAUCAUUGAAUUCACUGGCACUGUGCUAUAUUUAUUUUUUGCUAAGAGACUAUGCUUUCACCUAACCUAAAUAAUAUGUACAUUUAAGGCUAACUAGGAGAAUCGUUAGCCAGCUUCGUGUUAUUGCUUUGUUUAUAUAUUAUGUACAUAAAACAGAAAUAUACUUAAAAUCUUAUAUAAGAAAACAACUGAUUUAAGAGAACGAGUGGGUUCGCUACCUCCUGCAGUAGUAAUAGAGUGGAGCAUCAGGGUUGAUGACGCCCCUCAAGGGAGGAACCUUGAGGAUCUAGAGCCCCUUGAGGGGCUCUAGAUCCGAAGAAUUAGACCUGACCUCUUUCUUGUAUCGACCUGAUUCUCUUCCAUUUCCUCUAGCUGUGAGAUCUCCGUUUACAUCUUAUUAUGUCAGAUUCCCUGUCCCUAUGUGAGAUAGACACCUUAUUACCACCAUGCCUACAUGAUCAUCACAUUAACACCAGGGAAAUCUCUCAUAACACUUUCUGAGAACAUAGUUGCAUAAGAAUACAUGUGUUUAGAAAUAGUUGAUUUCAUGGGCUUAGUAAUAGAAGUGACCAUUAACACAGUUUAAUAUCUUUAUUAUACACCCCAUACCCAUCCUGUGGGCGGUAGUCAAAGGAUUACAGAGGUACAUUAUGGGUCCAGGGACUAGGCCCCAAAGUUUUGAUAGCUAAACAAGUUACAAAGGUAAUGAACUUCAGGCAGAUCUGGUCACAAUCAUGACCAAGUUACAAAGGUAAUGAAUCAUCUACACGUCUAUACAUGGUUAUAAUCAUAAACAAAUUACAUACCCGAAAUGCUCUGCAUAUGAAGGGGCUUUUAACAUGUACACCCAACUGUUAUAUUCCUCUGUAUAACCAUGUAAUUUGUUAAAAUAAAUAUCUUUAUCUCAUUUUUACCACGGAUUAGUUGUCUCCAUUUCUAUUCCACAAUAUAUCUCUUGCUAGAUUUGGUACACUGUACCACUUAAUUUAUUAACACGCAUGCAACCAUGUUCUUAAAGACACGUAUAUAGUUAGAUACUCAAUAUAAAAAUACCGAUCCUAAUCAGGUAUUGCUCAGGUAUGAAAGGAAGAGAUGACACGAAAAUAACAUAAAUGUUUUACUAAACUAAAAAGAGGAGUAAAAGAGUAAAUCAAGAGGAGUCAAGAUGACAAUUAUUUACUGAAUAAACAAAGGGAAUGAGUACACCAUUACAUUACACAUCAUAUAAUUCUCUCCUCUCUCUCUCUCUCUCUCUCUCUCUCUCUCUCUCUCUCUCUCUCUCUCUCUCUCUCUCUCUCUCUCGCGCGCGCGC